GUCAAAGUAGAAAGGGAUUAAGACAACACCUUUAUUUAGUUUAGUUCUUUUUCAUAAUUAGUCUUCGUUGUUAACACUAACAUGGAUUUCCAAGAUAAUCUUAUGGAAGAAAUUCAGACUUGGACAGGAGAAGGAUGCACACCCACAGGGCGAAGUGGUCAUCGCAUAUCCUGCACUGAUUCUUUUCUCUUCUGCGUGGGCGGCUACCACCCUGCCCACGGCCCUCUGCAAGACGCCUGGCGACUGAACCUGUCGACGUGCGAGUGGGAGCAGCUGUCGGACGCCUCCUCGACGCCCGCGGAGACCGUGUCGCACUGCCUCGUCUCGACCAAGGACGAGCUCCUCGUCUUCGGCGGCACGAGCUACCCCUUCGGCAGCAGCAUCGGCGUCGACGUCAGCGCCUGCGACAAGAGGACGGGCGAGUGGAGGGUCCUGGAGUGCCAGGGGGAGGCGCCCCCUGCGCUCUACGGACAGGCCUCUCGUCGCGUCGGGGAUUAUGUGUACACCGUGGGAGGGACGUCGGGCUAUCACUUCUCCCUGCACGCCCACGCCCUCCACCUCCCGACGGGGACGUGGUCCAGCCUCGCCACGAACGCCCUCUUCAAGGGCGAGGAACCGUCGGGCAGAUACCGGGCGGAGAUCGGCGUGGUUCCGGGUCGCAUCGUGGUGGCCGGGGGCGCCGCUGCCUCCACCGUCUUCCCCUUGGAUGAGGUGAGUUUGCUGAAAUAUAGGGACAAGUUGAUAAAUUCAGGUGUUACUCUGUUGAAGAAAAUGAUGAGUCAUGGGGAAUUACUUCUUAUACUUAUGACCGUUACUUGUCUGUGGAAAUUAUAA